CUCCUUCGGUGACUUGUUCCGCUUCCUGUUACCCAAAGCAUAUUCCUUUCCUCCAUUCUCUGAAUCUCUCUCUCUCUCUCUCUCUCAACUCAAAAAUCCCUUGAUCACACGUAACUGGAACCCUAAUUGGCCUUUCCAUCGAAGCUUCUCGUUUCAGGCGUAUCAUUCUCGUUUCCCACUAAGAAGGUGUGAAUUCGUUGAAUUGGGAAUAAAGACAAUUAAAAAGUCAUAAUCAAAUAUGCUGAAUAAUGGGUGGGUUUUUUUGGAUCUUGAUGGAGGUUCACCUUAUGUCUUUCCUGUAGAUCCACUUGCACAGCAUAGCUUGGGGGGUAAUUUGUUGUCCCAGAUUGGUUCAUUUGUCGACAGUUCUCUUUAUCAUUCUAGAUUCUUGUAUGUACCCGGAAGUCGGGCUAUUCAGGAAGCUUUUUCCUCCAUGUCAAAGUUUGCUGGUGCUCUGCUAUUUUUGUUUGCUGGUGGGUCAGAUUCCACCAUGAGGCACAAUUUACAUGGCAAUUCACACGGUUCAAAUCCUUCAAACAAUAAGUCCUCUAUGCAAGUAAGGCGCAUAGUUUCUACUAGACAAAAUCUCUCAGGAGUUCUCUUCAACCCGGUCUUUCUUGGUAACAUUCCGGGUUUCAUUGUCAGGCAACUGUUCAGAGAAGCUGAACAGCUUCAUUCGUUUCCAUUCCUCUCACUAGCUGCUGCUUUGGUACCGCCUCUUGGCAAUGUAUCUCAUAAUGUAUUAGCUGUUCCACUGGAGAAUAGUGAUACACAAAUGCAAAGAGGCAUGGAUCAAAGCCCUUGUCAGGUUGAGCAUGGGGGAUGUUCCGAUAUUUCUUUUCUGGAUUUAAAUUGGACAAGGCAUGCAGUUGAACCCAGAACAGGCAUUGCAUUCCCUACAAUUAUAGACAAUAUUUUUGCUAGAGAAAGUAAUUCCAGUUUAAUGUCAGAGGUUCUUGUUGGAACUGGAUCCAGAACUAUGACAAUAAUCAAAAUUAAGUCCCUGAAGGUCUAUGCAUUUGGUUUUUAUGUUCAUCCUUAUGAUGUCUGUCAGAAAUUGGGUCCAAAGUAUGCUUCUACACCUCUUGGUGAACUGAACAAACGCCAUGAUUUUUAUGAGGAUCUUCUCAGGCAGGAUAUUAACAUGACUGUCAGGCUUGUGGUUAAUUGCAAUGGGAUUAAGAUCAAUACUGUUAAAAAUGCUUUGGAGAAAUCCCUUCGAGCCCGGUUAGUGAAGGCAAACCCAGACACUGAUUAUCACUGCUUGAGGGCAUUUGGUUCUCUCUUCAAACAAGAUGUUCCCUUACAUUCGGGAACAACUAUUGAUUUUCGACGUACUGCUGAUGGACAACUAAUUACUGAAAUGGGAGGUAGUCAGAUUGGAGCAGUCCAUAGCAAGGAUUUAUGUAGGGCUUUCUUUGACAUGUACAUUGGAGAUGUUCCUGUGUCUCAGCAAACAAAAGAAGAGAUUGGUAGAAAUGUUGCAAGUAUCAUAACGAGAUGCUAAGGUGGGUUGUUGCCUGCCUCCAUUGUCUUCACUUUUAAGAACAGACAAUGGGUUGCUGGUUUAAUGAAGUUCUAUAUGCCUAUUACGUAGUUACGCUUUUCGAUUGGGGGUCUUUGGCUUUCAUUCUUCUAGUUGUAGCUGAUUUAGUGUGGCAUAGAAGUGACAUGCCUAUCAGUAUAAUGCAAACCUAGGAAGGAUAGCUAUAAUUUAAAUAGAUUUUUAGGAUUAGUUCAAACCUUAAGUAUACCUGCUUCAGGAUUCUUUACAGCUAUGUGGGGAUUUCCACUGUACCUGUAGACUCCACUAUAGUUGUAGUAGUUUUUUCCUUCAUUUUCCCCAACAAACACGGGAAUAUAUUGUAUUAAUUCCAAUAUAGAAUAAAUAUACGUAUAAGAAAAUAGAUGGGAUAUUUCUGUACCCAUGACCUUCUGUAAAAGGUGAGAAAAAAUGAGUCUAUGUUGAUUCAUUAUUUUGCUAUGCGAUAGCACUGUUGAUAGUGAUCUGUGUUUUGACAGCUUAUAUGGUAGCUGUGUAAGUUUGUAAUACAAGGUAGAAGUAUCCUUUUUUAUAUAAUAAAAUUAUGAACUCCAGUUAUUAUUAUUAA